AUGUCCCGGCACAACACGGCGCAGGGGGCGAGAGCGGUGGGAGGGCGUGGCCACGGGCCGGGAGUGGGCGUGCCCACCGCCCUCCGCGCCGCAGAUGGGCGUGGCCACGGCGCUCUGGGCCCCGGGGCAGGGAAUUUAAUCGUGGUCUCCUUCAUCCCUCAGCUCAUCCUCUUCGGGCUCAGCAACCAGAUGGUGGUGACCUUCAAGGAGGAGAACACCAUCGCCUUCAAACACCUCUUCCUGAAGGACUACGUGGACGGCGCGGACGACUCCUACGCCACCUACACACAACGCGACCUCUACGACCGCAUGUUUUACGCCGUGGAGAAGUACUUGGCCAUUCCCAACGAGACCAUCGGCCGCUACGCCUACGUGCGGGGGGAGAGCGGAGGGAACCGGUCGGCCCUCAUGCUCUGCCAGCAGUACUACCGCAAAGGGCGCAUCGAUCCGGCCAACGACACCUUCAACAUCGACCCCAAGAUUGUCACGGACUGUCUGGGAGUGGAUCCCGAGGACCCACAGCUUCUGCCCCCAGAGCUGGACCGCAGCUACAAGAACUUCACCCUCAAAUUUCACAACUCGUGGCCGGCGCGGAGGGUUGUUAGGGCUUUGGGGACGGAGUUGGGGACUUCGAGGCCAUGCUUCAGGUCCGUGACGCCUCUGUCCCUGCAGAAUUUCGCCACCUACGACGUCUGCAGCAUCCUCCUGGGCACCUCCACGCUGCUGGUCUGGGUCGGGGUCAUUCGCUACCUCACCUUCUUCCAGAAAUACAACUUCCGCUCCCUCUCCAUGGUGUCCGAGUGCCUCUUCUCCCUCAUCAACGGGGACGAUAUGUUCGUGACCUUCGCCGAGAUGCAGCAGAACAGUUACCUGGUGUGGCUCUUCAGCCAAAUCUACCUCUACACCUUCAUCAGCCUCUUCAUCUACAUGGUCCUCAGCCUCUUCAUCGCCCUCAUCACCGGCUCCUACGAGACCAUCAAGGUGAGGCCGUGCUGA